ACUGACUCGAUUGACUCUUUGCAAUACUGAUUUUGCACUGCGACUCUGACCUCAAACUCAUCCGUUAAUGCAAAACAAAAGCACGCAUUAAAGGCCGUCAAAAUGACCUCAACCUACAACGAUAUCGUCCUUACCGUGGAAGGUCAAAUUGGAACUAUCAAGGUAAGAUCCCUCAACAUCACCCUUUAUACUCCAGGAUUGGGUUGCUAACGAGGCUCGCAAAAUUUCAACAGUCCAAAGAUUCUCAAUGCCUUCGGUGGUAAAAUGAUGCUUGAAGCCAUUUCUGCUCUUAGAGAGUUGAACGAGCAUCCUGAUACCGUAUUUACCGUGCUUACGGGAGAAGGCCGAUUUUUCUCAUCUGGCGCCGAUGUUAGGGGUAUAUGAAUUUUUGGUUUUGGUUUAUGGAUGAUGAAACACACUCAAUGUCGUUUACUAAAAUGAUCCUGUAGGCUCUGGUCUUGAAAGUACCGUUGAACAUGCAACCGAUGCCGAAAAGAAGGUAGCGUUUUUGGAAAGAUUUGCACCAGGUAAGUCUUCUAUUUAUGUGCUUUUCGGCCCACUGUCGCUGAUACAAGUUAGCGCUCGAGAUGCUCCGCAGUAUCAUUGAUCACCGAAAGGUGUUUGUUCUCGCUCUCAAUGGACCCGCGGUUGGAGGUGGGGCAGCUUGGUUUACCGGUGUAUCAGAUAUUGUACUGGCUUCAUCUUCGGUCUAUCUACAAGUACCAUUCUCGGACCUUGGACUAGUCCCAGAGAAUGGCUCGGCAAUAAUCUUUGCUCAAAGCAUGGGAGUCCAUCCAGCCAAUGAGUUCCUGAUGUUUGGACGAAAGUUGAGUGCCGAAGAGCUUCUUCAAUGGGGGAUGGUAAACCAAAUAUUCUCGGUAGAGGGCUUUCAUGAUCACGUCCGAAAAUAUCUCAAUGACCAACUUGAGGUUAAUGACGGGAAGAGUAUGAUGGAGAUGAAAAGACUGCAGAACGAGCCUCAGAGAAGUGUUAGACUCAUUGCCGUUGUGAAUAGCAUGGAUGCUCUAGCUGAAAGGGUAUGUUUCAUAAUCAUAGUCAGCCUUCCCUUACUGACUCAUUGAGUAGUUUGUCGAUGGAGCACCAACGCAGAGAUUUGUGGAAAAGAAGAAACUGAUGGAAGGUAUAUUGAUCCCAGCCCAAAAGUGUCUAGGUUAAUAUGCUCACGAAUAUUACAGCCAAAUCUCGUAGCCGAACUUCGAAACUAUAGAUAAACAAUAUGAGGGCACCACACUAUUUCUGGCCGCGCUAG